CAGUCCUCACCGGGCUGAAAAACCGAACUGCCAAACAAGUGCAUUCAAAAGAAAAAUUAAGAAAAAAAAGGCAGACGUGAGAAAUCCAAGUUUUAUGAAAUCAAUGAGAUGCCCAAGUCAGACUUUCUGCCAAAUCGGUUAACAGUAGGACAUGGAUUCCUAAGAUAAUCUCUCCUCCGUCCCUCUUUGUCUCUCUCUCUCUUUUUGUCUGUGUGAUAAGAUGCUGAAGCUAUGGAAAUGGUACCAGCACUGCCUAUCUGUUCAUCCAGUGAAGACCCAAAUCAUUAGCUCAGGGAUUCUCUGGGGCAUUGGUGAUAUUGGUGCUCAAUACAUCACUCACUCAACCGCACUCAGCCGUCUCAACAAUUCUCAGGAUGUAGAAGCAGAAUUCAAAGUCAAUUGGAAACGUGUAUCUAUCACUAGUCUGUUUGGCUUUGGCUUUGUUGGUCCAGUUGGCCACUUUUGGUAUGAAGGCUUGGAUAGGCUUAUAAGGAUGAGGCUUCAACUGCAACCAAAGUCUGUGCGAUUUGUUGCUACUAAAGUGGCAGCUGAUGGCAUAAUCUUUGGCCCUUUUGAUUUGUUUGUGUUCUUCACUUACAUGGGGUUUUCCACUGGCAAGAGUGUGCCUCAAGUGAAGGAAGAUUUGAAGAGGGAUUUCCUUCCUGCCUUGAUUUUGGAGGGUGGUGUAUGGCCAAUAGUUCAGAUUGCAAAUUUCCGGUAUGUGCCAGUGAGGUACCAACUCCUCUAUGUCAAUAUGUUCUGCUUGUUAGACAGUGCUUUCUUGUCAUGGAUCGAGCAACAAAAAGAUGCCCCUUGGAAGCAGUGGUUCACGUCAUUUCGGCCUUUGAAGGAACGAGAAGGUCAGGGCAGAUUAUGAAUACCUUCUCAACCUGUUGUAUCUUCUUUCCCUUCUGAGUUUAUAUUGACAAGUUCACAACAAAUAUUUGUGACACCAACACCGAAAGAAUUACAAACAACUGAAGUGCCAACAGCAGUUUUAGAAAUUUGGAUUUGGGAAUGAAUUAAUUGCUUUCUAAUUGUGAAGUGUUGGACUUAAUUUAGCCCCACAAGUCCUUAAUGAAAUGGAAAACACGGUCAUGCCCUUUAUUUGUUGGGGGCAUUUUGUUA